AUGUCUUACCCAGAAAAGUUCCAAGGUAUCGGUAUUACCAAUCGUGAAGACUGGAAGCAUCCAAAAAAGGUUACUUUUGAACCAAAACAAUUUAACGAUAAAGAUGUUGACAUUAAAAUCGAAGCCUGUGGUGUCUGUGGCUCAGAUGUUCAUUGUGCUGCAUCUCAUUGGGGUCCAGUUGCUGAGAAACAAGUCGUUGGCCAUGAAAUUAUUGGACGUGUUUUAAAAGUUGGUCCCAAAUGUACUACUGGAAUCAAAGUUGGUGAUAGAGUUGGUGUGGGUGCUCAAGCAUGGUCAUGCUUAGAGUGUAGUCGUUGUAAAAGUGAUAACGAAUCUUAUUGUCCAAAGUCUGUUUGGACUUAUAGUAUUCCAUAUAUUGAUGGAUAUGUUUCACAAGGUGGUUAUGCAUCUCAUAUUAGAUUACAUGAACACUUUGCUAUCCCUAUUCCAGACAAGUUAUCAAAUGAAUUAGCUGCUCCAUUGCUGUGUGGUGGUAUUACUGUAUACUCCCCAUUAUUAAGAAACGGUUGUGGUCCUGGAAAAAAAGUUGGUAUUGUCGGUAUUGGUGGUAUUGGUCAUAUGGGUCUUCUAUUUGCUAAGGGCAUGGGUGCCGAGGUAUAUGCAUUCUCACGUACUCACUCAAAGGAAGCUGAUGCUAAAAAAUUAGGUGCUGAUCAUUUUAUUGCCACUCUAGAAGACAAGGACUGGACUACUAAGUACUUCGAUACUUUAGAUUUACUAGUUAUCUGUGCUUCUUCCUUAACAGAUAUAAACUUUGAUGAAUUGACAAAGAUAAUGAAGGUCAACACCAAGAUCAUCUCCAUUUCAGCACCGGCUGCUGACGAAGUGUUAACUUUAAAACCAUUUGGCUUAAUUGGUGUUACUAUUGGCAACAGUGCAAUUGGUUCUAGAAGAGAGAUUGAACAUUUGCUAAAUUUUGUUGCUGAAAAAGAUAUUAAGCCUUGGGUCGAAACACUGCCUGUCGGAGAAGCAGGUGUCAAUGAAGCAUUUGAAAGAAUGGAUAAAGGUGACGUAAAGUACAGAUUCACUCUAGUUGAUUUUGACAAGGAAUUUGGAAAUUAA